GUGAGCAGAAGAAACGUCUUUAAAAAAACUUUUGACUGGUAGUGUAUAAAAACAACAAGUCCCAUUUAGACAGCUAAUUACAUGUGUGUGAGAGAGAUCUGAACAAAAUGGGCAUGAUGGAUGAACAAAUGUCAAGGACAAGUUGCCUUACCUCUACAACAAAACGAUGACAACAACAAAAGCCUGCAGCUUAGCUUUGAUCUCUUGUUUCUACAUCUAGAUUUCAGACUUUUAAAGGUACGCAACGCAGCCAAAACAUUGUUGAUAGCCAGAGCGUCUAUGACUGAACCAUUGAGCUUUAUAUUUAAGCGUGUACGUCAGUGACCUCCUGAUGCAGUUUGUCAUCCGUGUACCUCUGAAAUCCUCAAGGAUGAAGCUCAUACUACAGCUGUGAUUGAUUGCCGUUGUCACACCUCCAGAGCUCCACACCCCGACGGACGUGUUACAUGCAGCAAGAAAUCGCAUCAGUGGAAACAAUAGCAAUUCUCUGAAAUCAAACUACAACGGCAGACGCCACAACAUCUUGUCCUUCACCUGUUUUGGAUUUUCACAGCUCAACGCCCAACAAAUACACGGACUUCAGUGGACAGGAGGUAUUCUGGUCUUUUCUAAGACAAUGGAGGUGUCAGAGGAUGACAUGCAGAGAUGUGUGAUGAAUUCUUGGAAUUUACAUUCCCCUUUAUAUCCGCACUAUCCUUAGCAAAGAACAGUCUGGUGUAACCAUGGCAACAGCAGCAUCCUCUGAGUAAUGUUUCACAAUGUCCUCAGUGUGGAGAGGAAUUCACUUAAUGAAAGCUCACAGGACCAUGGCAAAGAUUUAGCUACGACUUCCCAGCCUUGGAUGGAUAAUAACUGGUAACAGCUGCCAUGUUUACAUGUAAUGGCAGCUCACUGGAGGGGUGUGGCCUUCUUGAACCAAUAGAAACUGAGAUGCAAGACUCUGAUACUGCUCUUAUGCCCACCACUCUUAGGGUGGCACUGGCUGCCAUCAUGAUCUUCAUGAUCACCAUUGGUUUUCUUGGCAAUGCCAUUGUGUGUCUGAUAGUGUAUCAGAAACCAGCCAUGCGUUCAGCAAUUAAUCUGCUCUUGGCCACGCUGGCUUUUUCAGACAUCAUGCUGUCGCUGCUAUGCAUGCCGUUUACUGCCAUCACUCUCACAACUACGGACUGGAGCUUCGGAGUGGGAUUCUGCCGCAUAUCUGUCAUGCUGUACUGGCUGUUUGUUCUAGAAGGUGUGUCUAUACUUCUAAUCAUCAGCGUUGAUCGGUUUCUCAUUAUAGUGCAGCGGCAGGACAAGCUGACGCCCCAUCGGGCGAAAAUCCUUAUUGGCGCUUCAUGGGCUCUGUCGCUUUGCGUGUCGCUACCAUCUGUGGUCGGUUGGAGGACGGCUGGGAUUGGGGCGCAAGUACCGCAGUGCAUUCUGGGAUACAGUGAAUCUCUGGCGGACAGGGGUUACACGGUUCUGCUUGCGGUUGCUGUGUUUUUUGUGCCAUUCAGUGUAAUGUUGUAUUCUUAUCUGUGUAUCCUCAACACGGUUCGACGCAAUGCGCUGCGCAUCCACAAUCACACAAGUGAAGGCAGUGUCGCUAUUAACCACGUCAGCAAGUUGGGUUUAACCGGUCUGCAGCGGCCCCAAGUCAACGUGGACAUGAGUUUCAAAACCAGGGCCUUCACUACAAUCCUCAUCCUGUUCAUUGGUUUUUCAGUGUGUUGGCUGCCACAUACGGUGGUGAGCCUGCUGGCAGUGUUCAGUAGACGCUUCUACCUCAGCCCAGCAUUUUACCCUAUCAGCAUCGGGGCGCUGUGGUUGAGUUACCUCAAAGCGGUCUUCAACCCGGUGAUAUACUGCUGGAGAAUCCGAAAGUUUCGUGAGGCCUGCUUGGAGUUCAUGCCCAAGAGCUGUCAUCUCUGUCCCAAGAUUCCCGGGCGAAGUCGACGACGUAUAAGACCCAGCAACAUCUAUGUGUGCACCAGUGAGACCCAGUCUUCUGUCUAGGAUUUGCACCAAAGUAUGUUUUAAACUGACUGAUAAUGGAAGAUAAUAUUUAGAUAUGACACAUGGAUUCAAAGAACACUUAUGAAUUGAAUUGACAGAAAACUUUGAUCAUAGUCUGCAGUGAUGAAGGAAACAGCAUCCGCUGUCUGAAAUUCAUCAAAGCAAUACUGA